ACUUGAUUUUUCCAAUGCCCUUUGAGAAGAAGUGAAGUGCAGUGAUGAACCCAACAAAUCGCGAACGGCUAUUAAAUUGGCACGAAACUGCUGAUUUAUGCUACAAUUCGAGCCGGAAUACAUAGGACUCAUUGGAGAAACAUUUUCAUUAUCAUGGGAAGUAAGGAAAUAUGCUGUGAACAGUCACAAAGCCAACAACAACAGCAACAGCCAGCACAACUUUCUUGCAGUAGUGAAAGACGACUUCAAAUGGAUAUCGAGCAUCUUCCUCUGCUGAACCCAAUGCGACCACCUAUAGUAAGACUCACAGAGCAAUCUGCGCCUGGUGAUCGACGUUUUUUAAAAGCACGACUACGGGACCCAAAAAUUAUGGACAUUGUGCGGAUGUUCCUGUCAUAUUUGUACGACCAGCCACCUACAGUAUGCAUUCGUGCAACCACCAAAACCAGCGCCCCUGCAAUGCUAGCAUCUGAAGGACUACCAACAGACUUACAACUAUUGCGUCAAAUUUUCCUGAAUGUACACGAGGAUCUAGGAAUAUCUCGCAACGACGCCUUGGCAGACCUUCAAUCACACCGUUCGUUCCUUUCCAGUGAACGCACUCAACAACUUCAUCGCACUAGGGAGGCCGCAUAUAAAUUCUACAGUCCAUCAAAUUUUCAUCGGCAAUGACGCACUCUCCGGAAGUAACAUUAACAAGUGAAGAUAACACGCUACAUGAAACAUCAGAAGAGGUAAAUAUUUCGUCGACCGUCAUACUUCCAAAAACUUCUUCGCAGAAACAAAAUUCGACUGAAGUUCUAAUUUAUUGUCAGAAUUUCAAUCGAAUGAAAAGCCCAGCCAAAAUGAAGGAUAUAUUUAAAAAUUUAUUAAGCUCAUCCUUUUCGAUUAUUCUGGCAACUGAAACAAGCUGGGAUGA